AUGGCGACCUUCUCAACAACCAAUUUAUCCCCACAACAAGAACAACAUAAUAACAAAAAAGUGCCGAUCAAGAUUGAAAACUUGAUGGAUGAUUAUGGUGUUAUGACGGUGUGUGGCGAUGGAAGCGUGUCCUACAACAAUUUUCCAUACGAUCUCGGACAACACGCAUUUAUGAACACCUCGUAUUCAUCAAUUUGCCAUCAACAAAACAACCAUCAAGAAUUCAAUCAAUUUUCUCUCUGA